AAAGUGACCUCGAACUCAUAAAUAAACGCGUCGCGAGGUUUUCGCGACAAGGACUUGUCCAUAUCUAGUUAAAUGACGCUAGCCGUUUUCGCUAUAGCCCAUAUCCUAGCUUCCACUUUGAUCCGAGUUUGUGCCUUUUAUAUUACCAGCUGCAGAGGUUCGUAUAGCUGGACACAUAAGUUGGACAGAAAACGAGCUAAACUGUUACAUUAUAUCUCACCUGUUCAAACCAUCCAGGACGUUAUCGAACUCGCUAUGCGCCACCAAGUAUGGAUGAAUGCAACAUUUGAACGAAUUGAUGAACCCACGUGCUUUUCCAGACUUUCCAACAUUUCCCAGACUAUUCAACAUCCUCGACACACACACUCUCUCUCCUUCCGCAACAUCUUCCAACUACACUCGAGAUAACACUCCAUGAAAGCAGAGCUAGCUUGUGUUCGGUGACCUCGACCUCCCAAACAGUACACGAUUCGUGUGUCUCACCGAGAAACAUUGAGCUCCUUGGUUUGAACUUUAGUAAUCACAAUCAUACCGGCGUCAAAUACCUUAAUGACAAUUCCACAGUUGACUACAGUACCAAGAUACUGGGGUGGU